UUUCGGCAAACAAGUUUAAUAUUACUCUAUCCAGUCACCAGUCCCGAGACGAGUUCUGAACACAGGGCCUCUGUGCUGAGGUGACAAGCGGUGUUUCAAUCACUACACUACCGGGUGUCCCCGGACAGCUGACACUGUUUACACUCACACAACAUCCUUAUCCUAUUUAUAGACUCCACACAGGUAUUUUGUUGUUCAAGUCACUGACUGGUCGCUCGCGUGACUGAAUGAUGUAAAUGAACAUGUCAUCUUUAGAUGUUAUUAUAAAUAUCUGGCUGGUCGUACGUGUUCCUGGUACAGAAAUCGAAAAGAAAACUAAUGUUGGAUUAUAAUUGUGUAUUCGUGGAAAAUAAUUAUUUUUGACAUCACAACAGCAAUAUAAUUAAUAGUGAAUGGCUUUUCCUAGAGCUAAACUUGCAGACAAAAUUCCCCCACAGGAAAAAUUAGAAUACACUUUCUGCUCACCCAAACCUCAACUGUUCAAGAGGAGCUCCAGUCACUUGUUCAUUGGGGUUCCCGUGAAGAGGCCAUACUUGUAAGGACAGUUAAUCAAAACCCAGGCAGCCAAGCGACACCCGGACUUGAAGCAGAGACAAGCGCAGCAAAAUUGGAGACACAUUACCAUGGCUUAGUUAGAGAUGUGAAAAGGCUUACAUUAAGAUGUACGAGCUUCUGACGACUGUCAGAUAAAAAAACUCCUUACAUUGUUCAGCCUAAAGACAACUUCUGGGAGUCGAAGAAACGCGGGACUACGUUGUCCAGAAAUUGCAGGCUGACAGAAUUGUGGCCGCAUGUGAAGUAGACAGCCAGGGAAAGGCAACUAUCAACAUUUUAGAUGAAAAUUACCUUGUGAACACCUGUUACAUCAUGCAGAAAUCUCUCGUGCAAUAUCAGCGACCUCUUCGAUCAGAAGAAGCGGAACUGGUGACCUCAUCAAAAUGGACGAAGUUCGCUGGUCAAGUAACUAGUGAUUAUCCUGGUGUCUUGCAAAUUGCUGUCUCUCAAAAUGGCCAACAGUUGUUUAUAGCUGGGACAGAGAACAUAAUGCGUGUGGUUAUAGAAGUUGUCAGGUUUUUAACACAAAACACCAUCUACAUGUUGAGCUGCCACUUUUUUCCAAGUCGCCAGGCUUUUGUGGCCAAUUAUUUGCUGGACAAAGUGGUUUGUAUCCUCAACCCAUUGCAAGAUGUCUACGAGGUUGAGGCGAGUCUGGAUGAGUCUGGGCAGGAGUUUCAUAUCCGCGGAACACAAAGAGGAUUGAAUACAAUGAUAAAAAGGCUCGAACUGUUAGGUUCAAAUGUCAAAUGUCACAAAGAAACAAUUACUGACCCAGUCAAGGUCCGAUUCCUGUCCCUUCGCAACUGUGUGCGGGAUCUUAAGAAGCUUGGUCGCAGCAUCCACUGUGUCUUCUCCUUGCAAGAGGAGCCUGCCAGGUUGAUGCUGGAGCACAUAGAAAAUUCUUGGCAGGUCGUUGAUGACCCGGCAAUCAACCCUGUGGCUUCAGUGAGGCAAAACACAGAAUACUUACCAAAGCGUCGCAAUGAAAGUUGUCGCAGUCGGCGAGAUGUGUUCAACUUCCCAAUGGCAAAGACGACACAACUGUUUGUGUACGAUAAAUCAGACACACACAUACGACGAGCCCUCGGUCACUUUGAUGAUCUCGUGAGAGAAAAGUUCGCACACCAGCGGAUUGUGCAUUCUGUGAUACAGAACAUGACUGAAGACGAGCUGCAGAGUGUCAGGGAUGUUGGAGAGACCUACACUGUGGCGGUGCAGGUUGUUGAUGAAAGCAUCAUCGUCGAUGGUCUGCCUGCUGACGUGGUGAAGGCAUGUGAACAGAUUAACAGAAUCAUCCACGAGGCUGCUCGUUACAGAAAGCUGAGAAAACAAGAGACUCUAUGCGGAUAUAUUUCAUACUGCACUGUUCAGUGGUGCUACCUUGAGAAGACACGAAGAGGAACCGAAGAGGUGAAAUACAGCAAGUACGACAAUCUGAUCAUAGAACUUGCGUACAAGGAGAAGGAAAGGACAGCGAUGAUCACCGAUGCUUAUGGCGUGCAAUACAUCAUCGACUUUGUUUCCAUGAAGGAGUACCCAGCAUCUGAUCCACAAGACACAGCUGAUGUCAUCAGGAGAAACAAGAUGAACGAUUACUGCUCUGUCUCUUAGUGCAAAGUUCUCCUGGUCACCUUAAAAAUCGUGGACGUCUGAGGUUUCUGCCAGCAAGUUAAAGACCUUUUUUCUCACCAACAGACAAACUGAAAUCCUUCUCUUCAUUUGAUCUUCAGCGACAGCAAGGCCUGCCCUGACGAAGAAUCUCUGAAGACCUUCUCAUAAUACAUUUGAAAAAAGCUUACUUACUUCUACCUAUUGGUGACUCAACACUAGAGGAAGAAGUAGAAGCCAGAGAAAAACAGCCUGUCCACUGAAUACAAUUUUUUUCUAAAAUAUAUGUUACUGAAUUUAUAUUCACAUCUAUAUGUGAUAAUGCAAUAAAUGAAUUUGUGAAAUAAAA